CGACAUGGUUUUGUAUUUUACUAGUGCUGUUGUCACACCUCCUUAUACCAUAUAUAUGGGAAAGGAUAAAUAUGAAAAUGAAGACCUCAUUAAAUAUGGAUGGCCUGAAGACAUUUGGUUUCAUGUGGAUAAACUUUCCUCUGCUCAUGUGUACUUGAGGAUGCCUAAGGGACUCACAAUAGAAGACAUACCAAAAGAAGUCCUCAUAGACUGUGCACAGCUUGUAAAAAACAACAGCAUUCAAGGGUGUAAAAUGAACAAUAUCAAUGUUGUCUAUACACCAUGGGCCAAUCUGAAGAAAACUGGGGAUAUGGACGUAGGCCAAAUAGGCUUUCAUAGACAGAAAGAGGUGAAGAUCAUUGCCGUAGAGAAGAAAAUUAAUGAAGUUGUUAACCGGUUGGAAAAAACAAAAGAGGAGCGUUUCCCUGAUCUAGCAGCGGAGAAGGAGGCCCGAGAUAGAGAGGAGAGGAAUGAGAAGAAAGCGCAGAUUCAGGAGAUGAAGAGGAAAGAGAAGGAGGAGGUGAAGAGGAAAAAGGAACUGGAAGAACUCAGGAGUUACUCAUCUCUGAUGAAAUCAGACAAUAUGACUACAAAUGAGGAUGGAUAUGAUUCUGAUGACUUCAUGUAAAAAAGAAGUGGUUUUCUUUGAAUGUGAACAUGUGUAAAUUGAAAAUGUAUUGAAUGGAAAUGCCAAAAGACAAAUUAUUAUUAUGUAUGCAAAGAUAUAUUGUGUUGGCCAUAGUUGUAAAAAAAUGUGCCAAUGAUGAACAGAAGAUUUUUGCAACAUCAAUGUUAACAAAGGCUAAAAGUGCAGCACUCAUUACUCCUCUAGCAACUCACUGAAAAACAUUUUGGUGUCGAAUGCCUAGUAGCUUUCACUUAAUUGGCUAGAAGAAAUAUGAAGUAUUAUAUGAUUGCCUUCCUCCAUUUUUUUUAGUAGAAAGUUUUUUGUUGUUGUAAACAAAUAAACCUAUUUGUAACAAUGAAGGUUCAAGAAUUAUUGUUCUUUGGGAGGUAUUGCAGAUACUGCUCUAUUCAACUUUAUGGUUAACAGCUAAGAUUUUUCAUUUCCUUUUUUGUCUGUUCCUUUUAAGGAAUAUUUUAUUAUCACUGUAAUGAUGAAAGUGAUGAUGUUUAAUAUAUUGAAAGGCAUUAAAAACAACAGAAACCACAGGUUUUGGUAGUAAUU